ACAGUACAAGCACUAACAUAGUAUAGUGACGUCUGUCUAUUGUGGCCACUCUCUAUAAUACAGGCAGGUUAAUGGGCCCCACAGCCUGUACAGUAGAACCUCGGUUAUCCGGACACCUUGGUUCCAGAAGCAGGCCGGAUAAGUGAAUAUGCCGGAUAAUUGAAUAGAUAAACCACGCCUUGAUCCACCCACUUUAUUGAUAAACAGCAGUGCCGCAUGGUUGUCUGCGCAUGCGCAGAAGAUAAGCAGGCAUGUCUCCAUGGUAACAGCUGCAAUGCGCAUGCGCAUUUGAGGGACACGCCCAUUUUCUGAUCUGAUAAAAAGAAAACUGCCAAGCCGGAUAAUCGAGGUUCCGGAUAAUGGAGGGCCGGAUAAUCGAGGCGGAGGAGGUGGAAGCACUGAGGGCAAUAUAUGAGGACACCUUCAGCAGUCAGAGUGAGGGUGUGUACAAAGUGUGUGUGUGCUCUGAGGGACUCCGUGUGGAGAUGAUGCUCAUGUUCCCUGUGGACUACCCUAGCACAUCCCCUCCACUAUAUGAGCUCAGAUAUGCGCCAUGGAUCAAGAGUUCAGACCUUGCUUAUAUAGACAGCUCCUUACAUCAAAUAUACAAUGAGAGUAGUGGAGGGGUGGUGGUCUAUGAGUGGGUGGAGUGGCUCAGGCAGUGGCUAUCUGAGAGGACUACCAGUAACAAUGAUCCUGAACCACGCCAUGAUGUUGAAGGUCCACAGGCUCUGGCACAAGAGCAGCUAUCAGUUGAAGAGACCCACAGUCAACUAGUACUGGCACAGUGUCCCGACAUUCUGCACGGUCAACCAUUGACUGAUCGUAAGAGCACCUUCCAGGCUCACCUAGCCAGGGUGUCCUCAACUGAUGAGCUAGAGACUGUAAUUGCAGUGCUGAAACAGAACAAAAAGAUAGCCACUGCUACUCACAACAUAAUGGCUUACAGGAUAUACCAUGAAGGGAGAGAUACUUACCAACAAGACUGUGAUGAUGAUGGGGAAGCAGCUGCCGGGGGGAGGCUACUACACCUCCUGCAGAUAAUGGAUGUGAGAGAUGUGGUGGUGGUGGUGACCAGAUGGUAUGGCGGGGUACUGCUUGGUGCAGACAGAUUCAAACACAUCAACAAUGUGGCUAGAACUAUCAUUCAGGAAUCAGGCCGAGGAUUAGAGCACAAAAUUCCAACAUCAAGAAGUGCCAAAGACAAGAAACAUUUCAGCAAAUCAAAAGGAGGAAAAAAUAGAUAACAAUUAAUUCAAUAGCUAGUAUUCACUGUAGAUGUGGACCCACUACUUCUAGAGGUGUUCCAGCAGUUCCAGGUCCUACUAUAGCUUACUCUAAACUUAUCAACACUGUUCCUUUGUACCAAUAUGCAAUCCAUCCUUAUUAAUUAGUGCUGUGGUUAAAUCAAACAAUG